AUGAUCGCCAGCACCACGCUGACCACGAUGCAAGUUGCGGAGGGCCUUGAGGAAGGGGGCUUGUUCUACCUCCUGAACCCGCUGACAGUUGCAAGCUGUGUGGCUCUGUCUGUGCAGAACCUGCAACACCUCUUUCUCGUCUUCGCCGUCGUGGCUGCCGGGGCUGGCAAAGGCGGGUUGAGUGCCGCCGGCAUUGCUGCGUCGCUGUACGUUUGUCCAUUUACACCGGUCCUGCUUGUUCUGCCGUGCGCUUGUCUGGCCUACAACCAGCAGCGCUCUGUCGAGCGAGCCAAAGAAGACCGUGAGCAUUCCGAGUACGAUGCAUUGACAAAGGGACAGGUCAGCCUUGGCUUCCUCAUGUACAGUGUUUGCUUCUUGAUGGUGGUGCUCUGCUCCUUUGUCUGCCUCUUGGGGGCAUCAAUGGCUGCCAUGGCAGGCGAGCUGCAGUUCGUGGAGGCUGCCUUCUUGUCAGUACUCAGCAUACGCGACCUGACCCCGAACACUGGCUUUUUCUGGUACUUUUUCAUCGAGGUUUUUCAGCGCUACUACUUGCUAUUCGUGUUUGCUUUCCAUGCCCAUAUCCUUUUCUACUCAGUCCCGCUUCACCUGCGCCUCGGGAGCUAUGCGCCUACAGGGCCCUUCAUCCAUUGCAGCGCUGCGAUUGGCAUGAUUUCCCUUUUCAAGCCCUAUCCGACAGCCAGUGACUACGCCCUGAUGGUUUCGGCCAUGCUUGUUCAAGCCGAGCUAAUUCGAGAGAGCCAGCGCUACUUUGCUUUCCUCCUGAGUGGCGUGAUGUUCGGCCUGUCCAUGGUUCCCACCAUGGUGGCGGUCUGGUUGGGCAGGAAUGCAGGCAAUGCCAACUACCUGUACAACAUGACGCUUGUGGUGAAUGUUUUCGGAUCCUUGACUUUGUCGGAAUGGGUGAAAGCUGGCAUGCGGCUACGAAAGCGGCAGUUCCGCUUGGCAUACUUCCGCAAGCUUGUUCUGGCAGUGGCAGAUGAGGUGUCAGCCAACCCAGCUGCUGCCAAGGCGAGAGCAUCUGUGCCAGCUCCUGAUGCUGACACGACGGUGACAUAA